AUGGCAAGCAACAAGUACUCUGCUGAGAGGACCAACACUGUUGGCUGUUUCUGCCGGACUGAGCGGAAAAAAAUUCAGAUUCCGAUACCGGAGAUGAUAGAGGCCUAUAACCAAAAUAUGGGUGGAGUUGACCUUUUAGACAAUAUGGUCGCCUGCUACAGAGUCCCCUACCGAAAGAAGAAAUGGUGGUUCAACAUAUACGUUUGGAGUCUCAGCAUCAGUGCUGUGAACGCCUGGAGACUUCGUAAUCGGAUUACUGGCAACAAAGAGCCCUACCUCAACUUCCUGCAAGAGCUGGUGAUCCAGAUGUUCAGCAAGUACGGCACCAUGCCCCAAAGAACACGGUUCAGCUCAGGCCCCACCAAUGGGUUAAGGUAUGACGGCCUCAACCACUGGAUAGUGUCCACUGAGUCUAACAGUCAGGGGAAGUCCAGUAGGAGGAACUGCAAGCACUGCACAAAUGAGGGGAAGCGGGAUAGCAAGACACUCCUCAAGUGCGAGAAGUGCAUGGUCCCAUUGCAUCAGCACUACUUCAAGGAUUACCACAUGAAUUAAAAUGAUUCUUAUAUUCUUAUAUGUAUAACAAUCGAGCUUAUUUUAAGACUGUGCCUUCAAAGAUCUCAAGAGUAAAUCCAGCUUAUUUUUAAACUGUGCUUCUCAAGAGUGUAAAUCUAGUGUGAAUCUUGUCAGAUUGAUUUUGUUUUUAACCUUCCAAAGAUCUCUAGAGUAAAUCGAGCUUAUUUUUAAACUGUGCCUUCCAAAGAUCUGAAAGUAAAUAGAGCUUAUUUUUAAACUGUGCUUCCCAAGAGUGUAAAUCUAGCGUGAAUCUUGUCAUAUUGAUUUUGUUCUCUUUUUUUGAAUAUCUUAUUUCCUUAUGAAUAAAUAUUUUUUUCUGGAUUUUU